AGAACCGACCGAUCGCAAGCUGCCUCUGCCUGCCUAGCUGACCACGCGUCACGCGCGAUCCCUAUAUAUCCAGCCCCAAGCACACCCUCGCCUUAUCACACGUUCACAAACACAGCCACGAACACCGGUCAGCUCAACCGAUCGUUCGAUCGCUUCACUCGAGUCAGACCGCAUGGCGUUCGCAAACUGCUGCGGUGGUGGUGGUGGUGCGUCGGCUCCGACGGCGGCUGCCGCGACGAUGGCCCUUGUGGUCGUGGUGCUGGCAGGUACGGCGAGCGGGGACUUCGCGGCGGACCGGGCGGAGUGCGCGGACCGUCUGAUGGGUCUGGCGACGUGCCUGACGUACGUGCAGGCGAAGGCGACGGCACGCGCGCCGACGCCGGACUGCUGCGCGGGGCUGAAGCAGGUGGUGACGGGCAGCAAGAAGUGCCUGUGCGUGCUGGUCAAGGACCGCGACGAGCCGGCGCUGGGGUUCCAGAUCAACGUCACCCGCGCCAUGGACCUCCCCUCCAUCUGCAACAUCCCCGCAACCUUCUCCGACUGCCCAAAGAUGCUCAACAUGUCGGACGACUCCCCCGACGCGCAGAUCUUCAAGGACUACGCGAAGAAGCACGAGUUCCAGAACGGCACCACCAUACCUGCUGCCGCAUCAGGUAGCGCGGUCGGGACGAGCGCGAGGACGCAGGCGACGAGCGGUGCCUGCGCCGGGAGGCAACCCUGCAAGCUCUUCUUCUACCUCGUCUCGGCCCUACUCGCCUCCGUUUCCGUUCUCGCAUGAUAAUCGCAUGGAUAGCCGACAGGGAGGUCCACGGAGGAGAAGAAAGCCAGAAAAACAAAGAGACAAGCAAAAGACACGCAUACUCUUUUUUUUUCUUCUUCUAGCUUUGUGAGUUGUGAUGAGAUGCUUGGGCUGACUGUGCCGGCAAUAGCUUGUACUCCCAGCUGUUGGGCGGCCUUCCAGCCUGGGAUUUAAGAGUGCGUUUGGUUGAUUGGACGGAACCGUCCGGAA